UUUAAAUCAAUUUAAUGGUGAAGUGUAUUCUCUAUGAUUUCCAGUGAUCGGGGGUCUGAACAUUGAACAUGUCCUGAAGGCGAUUUAUGUCGUAAAGCUGCAUGGCUUGAUGGGAAAUGUAGGAAGCGUUUUUGAGCUUCACUAACUACGUUUGCUAAUAGUGUUUUUCUCAAAAGUUGACGUAUUUGUCAGCUGUAGACUUCGAAUAAGCUUCACUAUCCAAGCCACACUUCUACUUAGAAGGUGGCGGUGAUGCACCGUCAUGUUGUUUGUCAACCGUCGGUAAACACAAAGAAGAAGAAGACGCAGUAGCUGUUGAACCGCAUACUUCUAAUGACGGGUGUCAUGGCUUCGUUAGCGAGCCGCUUAUUAACGCCACCUGCCAGACUUUGCUUCUAUCGGACCUUGUGUUCCAGAACAAGCAGCUGGACGCUCGCUGCAGACGGGUUCGGUCCAAAGGGUCGGCAUCAAAGUGCACGUGCAGCAGCGGUGUUCAGACAAACACAAACACCCAGCUUGGAUGGGACCCGAGCACUUUCCUGCUGUGGAGGUGGAGGUGCAGCUGUGGAGCAACACACUCUGGAGGACGUGGCCAGAAACAUCAGAGAGCGGCAGUAUAAGCGGGUGGUGGUGAUGGCCGGGGCUGGGAUUAGCACACCUAGUGGCAUACCAGACUUCAGGUCUCCAGGGAGCGGCCUCUAUGACAACCUGCAGCAGUACGACCUGCCCUACGCUGAGGCCAUUUUUGAGAUUACUUUUUUUCAUCAAAACCCAAAUCCCUUCUUUGCCCUGGCCAAAGAGCUGUAUCCAGGAAACUACCAGCCUAAUCUGACGCACUACUUUGUACGGCUGCUUCACAACAAAGGUCAACUCCUCCGGAUGUAUACGCAAAACAUCGAUGGGCUGGAAAGAUUGGCUGGAAUUCCCCCUGAGAUGCUGGUGGAGGCCCAUGGCACGUUUGCUGCCGCCACCUGUACGGUCUGCUUGAGGAAAUACGACAGCGAGGACCUACGACCAGAUAUAAUGAGCGGUACAGUCCCCAAGUGUCCAACGUGUAAGGGCGUGGUAAAGCCUGACAUCGUGUUUUUUGGGGAGGAGCUUCCACAGCACUUCUUCAAGUACCUCAAAGACUUCCCCCUGGCAGACCUUCUGGUUAUUAUGGGGACUUCAUUGGAGGUGGAGCCCUUUGCCAGCUUGGCUGGAGCUGUGCGCGGCUCCGUUCCCCGUCUGCUCAUCAACAGGGACCUGGUGGGGCCGUUCGCCUGGGGACGCCGGCCUCGGGACGUGGUGCAGCUGGGUGACGUGGUCAGUGGGGUGCAGGCUCUGGUGGACGCCCUCGGCUGGUCUCAGGAGCUGGAUGCUCUGAUGGCAUCUUCUGCAAAGAAAGCUCCAGCAAAGGCAGAAGAAUGAGAGCAUUUCACUACCUGAAGCUGGAGGUUUAAGGUUUUUCACAGCACUCAGCACUUCCCUAAAUGACAGACUCUCAGGUUUACAGAGUAAGGAACUAUAGUAAACGUUUGUCUUUUAUUGUUUGUUUUAAGUGGAAAUGAAAACGUGUACGUAUUUAUUGGAAGGGUCAUUGGAGGCAGCAGAGGGAGACAAAGUGACCGGUUAGAAUCCACUUCACUACAGUGGGGCUGAUUUUACUGAAAUAAUUCUCUGCUCUGAGAAUAAGUUAAAUGUAAAGGGAAUAUUACACGUGUUUAUAUGCCUAUACGAGUAGAUACACAAUGAAAUUGUCCAGAGUAAUGUCAAGUGUUGUAGUCAAAUUCACAAGUUCACUAAAACCUUAUCCUAACGACUCUCUGAUGACAUUAGCUGACUUCGAGUUGUACAAUAUAUCCUGGUUUCUGCAGCUUGUAAAUCUUCUGGGUACAGGGCUGUUAUUUGACGGUUCCCUCUUGGAAAUGCAUUAAUACCAAAAUCAUUUAAAUUCAUGCAUCAUAGCUGCACUAAUAAAAUAAAGCAUAGCUGGCAGGUAUUGAUAGUGUUGCUUAAAAAUAUGAAAGAACCUUGAAUAAAGAAAGAACAGGAAUAAUAAACAGGUUUUUGCAUUAUACAUAAACAUUAUGUGCUAAAUUAGAAAUACAUGAAACAUAAUAGUCAAACCUGGUUAAUGCACUGAUGCCAGUCUGACUUCACUUACACCGUCCACAGCUCCUGCCGUUUGUGAGUUUUUGUGAGUUGAGGAAACAGUGAGUCAGCCCUCGCCCGGAGCUCAGAGUGCCUCCGUGUUGUUUGGAGGAUUCAGUUUGGCUCAUAAUUGCAGGUUUGAUCAAAUUCAGUACCCACUUCAGGUUUUUUUCAACCCGACUUUCACACUUUGCUCCAAUUUUCACCUCUUUUUUUACCCCCAGUGUUGGAGAAAUGUGUUUAGCAGCAGGGUGCUGCCGACAUCUCUCUAACAAGAAAAAGUGUCUUUCGUAACAUAAAGUAUGAAAUCAUGUGCUGAA